GCCGAGCGUCAUUCCGGUGUGUAAACAAGGUCAGAGACACUGCAGCAGUCAGACAAACACUCUAAUCACCGAGCUGCUGGCCGUUUUUAAAACAAGGGAAGAAGAAAAGUCCGAGAAGAGACACCUGAGGGGACAGAGCCAAGAUGAUGCAGUGUUUUCACUUCAUGGUGGAGCCGGCCAAAGCUUUAUCGGCCAAGAUAAAGGAGUCGAGUAAGAGAGGGAAGAAGGACCAGCCUCUGGAUGAAGAUCAGCUCUUCAUCGUUGAUCUGGCCCGUGACCUUAGCCGAGUGUGCCAGAGGUCGGCGGUCCUGGAGCACAUCUGGAACCUGGACGACACCUGGCCCUCGUCUCUCUGCAGGCUCUUCAUCCUGCAGUGGGCCGCCAUGUUGGAGAGCAAGAAGAGGCCCAUGCAGACAGACGGCUGGCCGGAGAUCGAUGUGGUCAAACAUCCUGAUGUGAUCAACGAGCAGGAGCUGCAGAACGCCAAAGCUGUGAUCCUGACCUGGAUCAAGGACCUGAGGGCUCAGCCUGAGCAGAGCGUGUGGCCCGGCGAACCUGUGGCCAAGGUUCUGGAUGACCUGCAGUCCGCCUGGCGCUGGGGCCGCGCUCCAGACCUGCAGACCGCCAUGGAGCUGGUGAUGUGGACUUUGAUGCUGCAGAGGCCUGAUAAGGACACCAUACCGCAGCAGUGGCUCAUGUGGAAGCAGCGCAACCAGAAGAUCGGUGCCAUCUCCUACAUCCCUCAGCCAGUGUGGGAGUGGAUCACAGAUGCUGCAGUGGAGGUGACUCUGGACUUGGACACGGCGAACCCUGACCUCCUCAUCACUGAUGAGAAGAGGAUGCGCUGCGGCUUUGAGAGGAAGGACGUCCCGAACUACCACCAGAGAUUCGACGGCUGGUGGUGCGCCGUCGGGGUGGAGGGCUUCGGCUCAGGUCGCCACUACUGGGAGGUGGAAGUGGGCGAGCGGGACUGGAGGCUGGGCGUGGCCAAAGAGUCGGCCCUGAGGAAAGGAUUCAAGUCCCUGAACACGGACACGGGUUACCUGAGCCUGCGUCUGGAGAGAGGCACCGAGCUGAAGGCCCUGACGGUGCCCUUCACCGCCCUGCCGCCCGGCCUCAUCCCCCGCAAGGUGGGCAUCUACCUGGACUUCAACGGCGGCCAGCUGUCCUUCUACGACGUGGACAAACACCUGCACAUCUACACCUACAACGAGAGCUUCGGGGAGAGGCUGUUCCCUCUGUUCGGCACCGUGGAGAUCGUCAAGGAUCUGGUGAUCAAGUCUCCGGCUGCCAAGACUCAGUGUCUGUGCCCCACGUCCUGCCUGUGGCCCUGAAGCCGCUCCCCUCUCCUCCAAAACCACCGUAGAUAUCAAACUAAAGAUCAAGAUAAUCAGUGAGGAAUCAGGUGAAAUACUAAUGAUAAUCAGUGGGAGUAAUCCUGAUGUAAAAACCAUCCGUGCUAUGAAACAGCGCCACCGUGUGACCACUCUCUCCCUCUCUCUGCUGCUUUAACGUGAUCGUUGCACUUUCAUCCUCUCUGUAGAGAUGCACCUACGCUCACUCAGAUGUAUUAUUAUUCUCUCUGCUCACCCGUGAUGUGUUUUCAUAUUUAAAGGGACACCUGUAGUAUUAAAGGUCCUGUAAUGUGCAAUAUUAACCCUGCAGAAUGAAUGCAUUCCUGUGAAUGAUCAAUAAACCAAAACAU